AUGUGUCCUGUGCUGCUAUUGGUGGCUGUGGCGAUGGUGGGAGUGGCCAGAGGAGCAGCAAUUGGCUGCAUGGAUCAUCCGAGAUGUCAGGACAUGGACUCGGAGAGCAGCAUGAUGGACUGUCUCCAGCUCUGUCAUUCUCAUCUCACUGCUGAAACUCCCAUAAUCCCCGGUGAUGCUCUCCUCCGACCUCCUCCAUCAUCAGACCCUGAGGCUCUGCUCCCCCUUCUCUCCUCCUCCUCCUCUCCUCAGUCCAAACGCUCCUACUCCAUGGAGCACUUCCGCUGGGGGAAGCCUGCUGGGAGGAAGCGCCGCCCCAUCAAGAUCUACACUUCCAAUGGCAUGGAGGAGGAGUCAGAGGAGGGUUUCCCCACAGAGAUAAGGAGGAGGGAGCUGGCUGGCAAAAUGAGAGCAGAAGAAGAGGAGAAGGAGGUGGAGGAGGACGAGGAGGAGCAACCAGACGACAUCCACAAGAAGAAAGACGGCGUGUACAAGAUAAAGCACUUCCGCUGGAGCAGCCCACCAGCCAGCAAACGCUACGGAGGCUUCAUGAGGAGCUGGGACGAACGCAGCCAGAGACCGCUGAUCACGCUCUUCAAAAACGUCAUCAACAAGGAGAUACAGGAGCAGGACGAGUGA